AUGAAGCUGGCGGACCUCCCUACCGAGGUUCUUCAUCACAUCUGUCUCUUUGUCAAAGGUGAAUCCUACCAUGAUCUUGCCUCCUUAGGCCAAACAAGCCGCCGACUGUUUUCGAUUGCCGCACCUUUGUUCUAUGGAAAGCUCAUCGUACAUUGGUCUGGCGAUGAUGCAAAUGGGCCCGAAAAGGCGUUUGCUGAGCUACACGCGACUGGCCUCGGCCGGCAUUAUUUGAAAUACACGAGGCAACUCGACGUUGUGUGCCAUGAUCGACAGAUCAAAGGAAUCCCACUGUCGACUGAGAAUGUCUCCUUGAUAUUCCAAGACUGUAGUUUUGAGCCUGCGAAUGCUUCAUUCUUGAAUGCACGUUUGACAAGCCCGCCUCUUCCUGGCCUCGAGCACUUCCUAUUUGAUAGGGCUGGGAGGAGUUAUCUCGGUUCUAAUCGGAAGUCCCAAAGAUGGACAUCGCAGUUGGUCAAGCUAUUGGCAGACAUAGACCGGUUGUUUCAAUUCAACUAUUACCUACGCGACGCAUUCCCAUUAUGUCUUCUUGAAGCCAUCAGCGAGAACCAUCCUCGUUGUCGAUUAGAUAUCUCAGGCGAUCAACUUUGUUGCGAACUAUCCAAUCGUUCUCAUCCCGGCAGGGUUAUGCUUUCACUGGAUGUACUCCGUUCCCCCCUACUUGAAGCUUUCACGCUGUAUCUUCCUUGGCCGCUCGAUAGGACACCCAUAGAGAAUCUGCAGAGCGAGUAUCUCAUGACGCUUGCUCGAAUUCCUAAGCUCAAGCAUCUUCGCAUUUGGCCAUACAUGUGGGAGACAGUUACUCCCAAUAAGCCGAUUACUGUGCAAUUCGAACAGAAGUCGAAUCGAUCGUCCUCCGGUAUUGAGAGUACACCAGUUCCAGCACUUGACUCGCUGGUUGUGGACGGAGAGAGUUCUAUAUUGAAUGAGCAAAUACUCAUCAAGACUUCACAGGUUUUUGACCUUUCUCGCCUUCAGACGCUGGCCAUAUCACUCACCAAGGAUACGAUUCUUCUAGAGAAGGUUGCCCCAGCCCUGCAUAGCAUAGAACGGCUUUCCGUCACCCGAUAUGCAGAAAUAUGCCCCGAAGACUACCAUUUGCUGAAGGAUGAUAGCCAUACUAUAGCAGCAAUCGGGGCUUUUCGGCCUUUGAAGUAUCUUCGCGUCCAGGUGAUCCGAAGCUUCGAGGCUCUCUCCAGCAUUCUCGUUCAUCAUGGAGGAACCCUGAAAGGCUUAGAAAUUCAGCCCUAUUGCCUUGCUUUUGCUACGCCGCACCCGUGGGAUGCUGGAUAUAACUUUCCGUUGCUCGAUAGUGACGCAAUUCGCGAAUUGGCAAUAUUGUGCCCGUAUCUACAGGAGCUACGUUUACAGAUCAAGCGCUCGACGGGCAGCUGUGAUGAGUGUGAGGCAUAUAGGGCACUCGGCGAGUUCCCGCAUCUUCGCACCCUCUUUCUUGACUUGUACUGCGAGCCCAGGGACCCACCAUUUGAAAAUGGGUUUGACGCCGUCAUACCAUACCGCGAACUCUUCAUGAACGCCGCAGUAGACAAAGCGUUGAUUCUAUCCAUCUGGAAUCUCAUCGUCUGUCAACAGAAGUCCAAGAAGCUUCGCGACCUACGUUGUACACCAUUUGUAGAAGACUUUUGGGAUGAAACCGUGACCUACGUUUGCAGUAUCCUCUGUAACUCAUUCCUUGUGAGGCGUCAGGACUUUACGUCUACCGAGCCCCUGCAAAUAACCGGAGUCUGGGAAGUUCAAGGUGAAAAGGACGAAAAUUUCGAUGCAUUUCUAGGCCAUGAGAUUGAAGACGCUUUGAAUAAUCUCUGGCCUGGGGAUAAAGGAUGGAGGAGUGCCUGGCAUAGCUUUCCACUGCAGAUCGAUGACCCUGCGAACUAUGAUUUCCAACAUGCUCGGGAUGCGCUCACGUCAAUCUAG